CGGCUGAGGCAGAGGGUCCGGCUGAGGCAGAGGGUCCGGCUGAGGCAGAGGGUCCCGCUGCUCCUCGCCAUCCUCGCCAUGCUGCCGGCGCGCCUCCGCCCGGGGCGGCUGCUGUCCGCCGCGCCGCUCCGCUCGCCCGCGCGGGGAGCCGCGGCCGCCGGGGAUCCCGCCCGGAGCCCGGGCACCACCCGCGCUGAGCAGGCUCACAGGGUGGUUGCAAGUUACAAACCUUCGAAGUUUGACAAAAAAAUCCUCCUCUGGACUGGACGUUUCAAGACAGAAGAAGAGAUUCCUCUGAGGAUCUCACUAGAGAUGCUAGACAAGGCAAGAAACAAAGCUCGAGUGAAAGCCUGUUACAUCAUGAUUGGGCUCUCAAUUAUUGCCUGUUUUGCGGUGAUUGCUUCAGCUAAGAAGGCUGCUGCACGGCAUGAGUCCUUAACGAGCUUGAACUUGGCAAAGAAGGCCAAGUGGAGGAAGGAGGCUGCGCUGGCCGCGGAGGCGAAGACCAAGUAACUUCAUCUGAAAUGCUCAAUGUCCUCAGAAGAGCAAAAGUAACUAACUUCUGCUGAGAGCAAUUAGUGAGUUUCACCCCUAAAUGGACAACAGUAGCAUGCACACCCCUAGAGCCAAUAAGGGCAGCUACAGCAUCACAAAAAGAAAGGGAAGGGUGCUUUCAUUAGGAAGAUAUUCAGGAUACUUGUUGCAUAUAAUUAAAACUAUUUAGAAUGUUUUGCAUAUGAUUAAAAGCAGUAAUUAGUUUUAAAAGGGAUGAGGUAGUUUCCUAAGAAUGUCAGGUACCUUUGGUUAGAUAACCACAAAGAAGUUUUCUCACUGGUGAUAGUGCAGUUUUUCAGUGUAAAUUGUCACUUGGAACUCACUGGCAUCAAUGAUGUUUUCAAAAUGGUAUUUGCAUUUUUUAGCUUUAAGAACCAACACUUAUUGAAUCACUAAAUAAAUACAGUAAACAUCUGUAAAAUAGGUUUUAUUGGUUUCUGUAUGGUAUUUGGAGAUUUAACAUUCCAUAAUAUUGCAUACUACUUAUAUGUGUUCUGUUACAGUAAUGGGCCUUUAGCCUGGAUUUAAAGAUGCACUAUUACUAUCUGAAGUUAUUACAGAUAAUUUAAUUUUCCCGCAUUAUGUAUUGAAGACAUUGUGCCAUAAGUAACUAGAAUUUCUCAUUACAGAUUUCAGUAAAAUCUUGAGGUCACAGUUUAAGUCCAUGUAUCAAUUUGCAGACCUAUUACAAAAAUCCUCAGCUGUACAAUUUAAUAAAUUUAAACCUACUGAGAAUUAACCAUGGAGGAAAGACAAUAGUGCAUCUUUACUUUUUUUUAAAGACAGGCCCAACAAUAAAUAGUUUCCAGUUGCAAACUUGUUCUACAGCAAACAUUUCUGUGCCAACAUUAUUACUAUUUUCUGAUUGCUGCUAGGAACAGUGUGUAAAGCAAAUGUUAGAAAAUUAAAAGGCUGUAUGAACCAAUCCUCAGAUAAAAGUGCAAUGAUGAAAAAAUUAGCCAUGAUUCAGUGUAACAAGAGUAGGGAACUAAUAAAAAAAUCUUAUGCUCUG